AUGCUGCUCUGCUCCACCUGGAUCACCUCCGUGGCUGAGGCAGAUACCCUUCGUCAGAACUGUCGCGUGGUCAUGGGCCACGUUGGGAUUGGCCCAUUUGCCGGCAAUGACACGGUCCACAUCAAUCUCGACGGCGUCGAAGUGAUCGCAGGCACUCUCGGGGAAUAUCCAUAUACCCGGCGCGACUAUCUCACCCAGCCGUCGUAUACUCUCUCCAGCGCUUCUUUGAAGAAAGCUGACGCAUUGGAAUUCGGAAGAUAUGACACUCGCAUAGUGAACCUCACACUUCCUAGUCUCACAUCCGUCAAUGACUACGUUUAUAUAGGGAGAGAUGCUUUUGAUAUUGGCUACUUGGAUAUCACAAGUUUGCAUUCUGCGGGUAAAAUUACCCUGGACUCCCCCAAUCUCCAUACGCUUCACCACACAAAAUUACGCAAUGUGACGAGCCUAAGUAUUAGCUCUAUGCAGAUCAACUCGCUGGAUAGUUUGUCUGACAAUGAACUCAAUCUGGAUGAUCUUUACAUUGAAGGUCCAUUCCCGAACAUCAAAAACAUUCCUCUUGGAUUCACGUCUGCCAACUACAUCCAAAUCUCAGAUAACUCGUCCAUCACCCUAGGAGGGUCUUCGACAAAGAAAAUGAUCAUCAAAAAACUCAACCUUGACGAUAUCACGGGUUUGAAGCGUAGCGCAGAGCUCAAGACAAUCGAGGUUGAUUCUAUGAAGCUUUCAGGUCCCUUUCAUAUUACGCAUCUAGAGAUCCCGUUCGAUAAUCUGCGCCAACUUCAAGUCUUACAACGAGAGAACAGCCCUCUGAAGUCUAUCACUCUUCCUCCCAAGGCCGUGAAUUGGACAGGCGGCUUUGAACUCGUCCUCAGCGCUGGCGGCGAUCUGAAUUUAACCUCGAUGUACGGCGCAGACGACCAAGGCAAACAAAUUCAGACUUGGUACUGGCCGAAGAAUAUCUCGUGGAUUGAGAUUUCCGGCGCCACGGUGGGAAAUGACUUCUUCGAUCCCUUUGUCACCCAGCAAAUGGGCCUGGACAAAGAUUUCCCUCCUUCGGACUUGAGUUUCUUCAAAGUCUCUCCAUCCGAGAACUCUACAAGUUUCAAUUGCACGACCUUCCGCGAGCUCAGGGGCGCGGGUCGCUUGCCGAGAGGUGGUAACAAGUUCAGUUGCUACGAUCCUUACCUGACCAACGGUGCUAUUCGUGUUCAUAUACCGAUUAUCCUUAGCAUUGUCAGUGCCGUGCUUGGAAUGUGUACCUGGAUGCUAUGA